GUUGCUUCAAAACAACAACGACCACAGUAACCUACUCAUCGCGUUGAGAGAGGCUAAUUGCUAUAAAUUGUCUUCGUCUAGUCUCAGUUCGAACGAGGCAACCGAUCGAAGCGGUUCGAAAAAUAUUGGUAGGACAGAGAGCGAGACACGCGGAAUAACGCUAACCAUGCAACCUCGCAUCGUACACUUGACGGUGUUGGCCGCCAUCGUUGGUCUGGCAGUGGCAGCCAAUGUGCCAAGCACUCCCGGCCGUAAGCUCAACAUUCCGGCCUUCAACAAUGCCGGCAAAACCAAGGGCCUUGAAAUUUGGCGCAUCGAGAACUUCCAACCCGUUGCCGUUCCGAAGGCCGAGUACGGAAAGUUCUACUCCGGGGAUUCGUAUAUUGUUCUGAAUACCCUCGAAGACAAGAACAAGAAAAAAUCUCACGAUGCGCACUUCUGGCUGGGUCUGAAAACCACUCAGGACGAGGCCGGAUCUGCGGCCAUCCUUACCGUACAGCUGGAUGACCUCCUUGGAGGAGUCCCCGUCCAACACCGAGAAGUCGAAGGAUCCGAAUCGGAUCUUUUCUUAAGCUAUUUCAAGGGAGGAGUCCGUUACCUGGAAGGCGGAGUCGCAUCCGGGUUCAAGCACGUUCAAACCAACGCAGCCCAUCCGAAACGACUCUUCCAAGUCAAGGGAGCCAAGAACAUCCGUCUGCGACAGGUUGAACUGGCCGUAUCCGCCAUGAACAAGGGCGACUGCUUCAUUCUGGAUUCAGAUCGGGACGUGUUCGUCUGGGUUGGACCGAAAGCCAACCGCGUCGAGAAGCUGAAGGCCAUCAACGUCGGAAACGAUAUCCGCGAUCGGGAUCACAAUGGACGUGCCACGGUUCAUAUCGUUGAUGAAUUCUCCUCACUGACGGAUCAGGAGAGCUUCUUCAAGUCGCUGGGCUCCGGAUCGCCAUCGACCGUGCCGGAUCAGUCGACGGCCAAGGAAGAUGCGGCGUUCGAGAAGGCGGAUGCCGCUCGGGUGGAACUCUACAAGGUCACCGACUCCAAGGGAGGAAAGCUGGCCGUUGAGCAGAUUACGCAGAAGCCGCUGAAGCAGGAGAUGCUGAAGCCCGAGGAUGCUUUCAUUCUGGACACGGGAUCCGGAUUGUACGUCUGGAUCGGAAAGACCGCUACGCAGCAGGAAAAGACCCAAUCCCUGGCGAAGGCUCAGGAGUUCAUCAAGAACAAGAAGUACCCCGCUUGGACACCGGUGGAACGGAUUGUGCAGAAUGCUGAAUCGGCGCCGUUCAAGCACUUCUUCCAGACCUGGCGCGAGGCCGGAUCCACGGGAUCCAGACUGGUGACCGUGAUGCAUCCAGCGUUCGAGAAUGCCGGCACCAGCAAGGGUCUGGAGGUGUGGAGAAUCGAGAACUUCGAACCCGUUCCAGUGGCGAAAACCUCCUAUGGGAAAUUCCACACCGGUGAUUCGUACAUUGUCUUGAAUACCAAACAAUCCAAGAGUGGCGUCCUCUCCUGGGACAUCCACUUCUGGCUCGGCCUGGAGACCAGCCAGGACGAAGCUGGAUCGGCCGCCAUCCUAAGUGUUCAGCUGGACGAUCGGCACAAUGGAGCACCGGUGCAGCACCGCGAAGUGCAGGAUCACGAGUCGAGUCUAUUCCUCAGCUACUUCCCCGGUGGCGUGCGCUAUGCUGCGGGCGGCGUAAAGAGCGGUUUCAACGAGGUCGAAACGAACGCCGCCGGCGAGAAGCGUCUCUUCCAGGUCAAGGGUUCGAAAAAUGUGCGCGUACGGCAGGUAGCGCUGGGGCUCGCCUCGAUGAACAAGGGUGAUUGUUACAUUUUGGACGGAGGGUACGACAUCUACGUGUACGUCGGACCCAGUGCCAAGCGGGUGGAGAAGAUCAAGGCCAUUAGCGCCGCCUCGCAAAUUCGCGACCAAGAUCAUGCGGGUCGCGCUAAUGUGCACAUUCUGGAUGAGUUUGCCAGUGCGGCUGAUCAACAGGAGUUCUUCGAUGUUCUUGGCGAGGGAUCCGCCGAUGAAGUUCCCGAGCAGUCGGAGUGUGAUGACACGUACGAGCAAACUGAUAGCAAAACCGUUACCUUGUACAAGGUUUCCGAUGCUGAUGGCAGUCUGAGUAUCACUCCCGUAGGGGAGCGGCCCCUCAAGCAGAGCAUGCUUGAUUCCGACCAGGACUGCUUCAUUCUGGACACGGGAGCAUCGGGAAUCUUCGUUUGGGUCGGCAAGGGUGCCACAUCCCAGGAACGGUCGCAAUCCAUGAUCAAGGCACAGGAGUUCAUCACGACCAAGGGCUACCCCAUGCACACGCAGGUUCACCGCGUCAUAGAGAACGGAGAAACGACUGACUUCAAGCAGUACUUUGCCAGCUGGCAAGACAAAGGAAUCAACCACAGCCACCUGAUCAAGGCCGCCAUGGACGAGGACAGUUCCGUGGACGGCGGCGAAGAGCGGGAAUUCGACCCGGAGAUUCUGCACAUGUUCAAGAAGAAUGGCGGUCGAGCCCUUGGGUUCAUGCCGGACAAUGGCCAAGGUGAAGCGGAAGUUUGGCGAGUGGAAAACUUUGACCUGGUUCCUGUAGAACCGCACACUUAUGGAAUGUUCUUCGGAGGUGAUUCGUACGUGAUCAAGUACGAAUACCAAAACAAACGGGGUGGUCAUGGGUUCAUCAUCUACUACUGGCAAGGUAAGCAAUCAUCAAUUGAUGAAAAGGCUACUGCUGCUAUGCAUGCCGUUCGUUUGGAUGACGAGUUGAACGGUAAGGCCGUUCAGGUUCGGGUGACUCAAGGAAACGAGCCGCGUCAUUUCUUGAAGAUCUUCAAGGGUAAAUUGAUCAUCUUCACCGGUGGUCACGCUUCCGGUUUCAAAAACAUCCACGAUCAUGACACUUACGAUGUUGAUGGAACUCGCCUGUUCCGAAUCCGUGGUACUUGCUCGGAUGACGUACGAGCUGAACAGAUGCCGGAGACAGCUAGCUCCCUGGCUUCCGACGAUGUUUUCAUCCUGGAAACACCUUCGGCCACCUACAUCUGGCAUGGUGUGGGAGCUUCCGAUUUAGAGAAAGACAUGGCAGCAAACAUUGUAGCAAUGAUCUCUCCUGACGCAAGCCCGCAGAUUAUCGAUGAAGGCUCUGAACCCGCUGAAUUCUGGGCAGCACUUGGCGGAGAAGGUGACUACGAUCGUGAACUGGAUCCAACCGGAGCUCCGUUCCUGACUCCGCGUCUGUUCCACUGCAGAAUUCUGUUCAACAAACGGCUUCGCGUCGAGGAAGUUCCACACUUCGAACAGGAAGAUCUCAACGUGGAUGACGUGAUGGUGCUGGACGGAGGUGACGAGAUCUACGUCUGGAUCGGAAACGGUGCAACCGACGAAGAACGUGCCAAAUCGAUCGACAUGGCCAAGCAGUACAUCCGAACGGAUCCAUCGGAACGUAACGAGGACACCGUGCCAAUCGUAAUUCUGAAACAAGGCGAAGAGCCACGCAGCUUCAAGCGGCUGUUCCCGGCCUGGGACGAUGGGCACUGGGAGUCACAACCAUCAUACGAGAGUAUUCGGCAACAGGUACUGGACCAAAAUCAACCAAAAGAGUAAUAUAUGAACAAAGGCGUGAUUUUGAAUACGCACAAUCUUUAUACGUACUUAAAUAUGCGUGUACUUAAAUAUUGACUAUAUACAUAUUUAUGAUCAAUAAAAAUCAUCGUAACAAGU